AUGCCAGAGUCUCGUUCGUUAUCGGAAUUAACCAGACAAAUCGCUCCACCAACUAAGAACGGCCAUGCACCACCACCCACGGAAUCGAGAAAGAGCUAUCAAUCUGUCAAUCCUGUCCGUGUCCGGGCCGGUUUCAGCUUUGCAACCAUACUCCCCCCGGAACCCAAAGACUUUGGUUUCCCGGAAGCUGCCCGGCGGGUCAUGGGAAUAACGCCGCCGCAUCGCCAGUCGGCAUCGUUUAUGGUCGGAACUACGACGCGGGCGGUGCACGGGCGGGAGGCGAGGGCGAACGGGGACGAGCGGGACGCGCGAACGGGAGGCGAGAGCGGCCGGGAACCCCCCCGAACGAGGGGUCCGGCACCCGUCCGCGCGCGCGCAGAGGCACCCCGUCGCACGAGAGAGCACCGCGACCGCCGCGCCGGUCCCACGACCGACGCGCCGCUUCCUCCCCCGACACCACCGCCACCACGGCAAACCCCUUUUUCCCCUUCCUCCUUUCCCUGCCCGCCCCCACCUCCCCUACUCCCCCGCCGCGGCAUCGGGAAGAGCCGGGACGCGCCGGCCGUACCGGGCGCGGGGCGAGCGGGAGGACGAGCGCUGAGGGAGGCGGAGAGAGAAGCGACCGGCGACGGUCGACCCGCGGGAACGACCGAACCCCCCUCAGAGCGGGAAGAGGGGCGCGGGACGGACGGGCGGGGGACGGCGGGGGCAGAACCGGGAAGGCCACCCGUCGGAACCCAGCGACACACCCGUACCGAGACGCCGCGAGGACGACACGCUCCCAACACGAGGCCCACGCCGCGGACCAUACCGGGCGCGGCCGCGCCGGCGGAUGCGGCCGGGGCUCACGGGCGGGCGGGGGCCGCAGCGGGCCCACCCCCAAAGCACACGGGCAAGCGAGGCGCAACGCCGGGGAGACGGGGAAACCACCCCCGACCCCCUCGGGCGGGGUCGGAGGACCGUGAACCGGCGGGAGGGAGACCACGCCAACGGGGAGCGGCGGGAGACCGGACGGCGGCCGACCCCGGGCGAGAAGCGGAGGAUGAGGACGGGCCCAACGUGGAGGAGGAGGGGAGGAGGUCGACGAGCGACUUUGACCCCGCGAGGGGGGAGAGAGGGGGGCCGAGCCCGCGUCGGAAGGGAGGCCGGGCCUCGGGGCAGCGAGAGGGAGAGACACCGACCGGAGCCCCCACCGCCACACCGGGACGCGCACACGGGUUCGACUCAACGCCCAGGCGCCCACCUUGGCACCCCGGCAGCUUUCCCCCGACGCACGCCUUCCCAGAGGACGGCGGGGCCGGACGGGCCCCCGCGCAGACGCACCCUCAGCCAACAGGCCCCACGGACCGGCGUGGGCGACAGCCACUAAAGCCUCUUUCUCCUCUACGCCUCGCGGGGCGUCUUUCCCCCCGCACACGCCUCCAAGAGACCAGGCGAGACGCGCCGCCACGGCCGCGGCGGCCGGGACGCCCUUCAAACCGCAACUUCCUCCCGCCCGCCGGGCGGCCCUUCCCCCCAGGCACCCCGCGACCGCCCCGGGACCCGUGCGCGCCCGGCUGCCCCCCCGUGAGGAGGGGCCCGGCAGCACGGCCGCGGGUCGGCCAGACGAGGAGCGAGAGAGAAAGGAACGCCGGCGGGCGGGGAGGGGGAGCGAACCGGCAGAACGAGGACCGUCGACGGCAGGGCGGGCCGCAGCGGCACCCCCCGCGGGAGACGCCUCACAAGGGACCGGGAGGCCGCUCGGGCGGCGACCGGGCACGCGAGCCAAGCCGGCGGGAAUCACACUGCACCCAACCCGGAGCAGUCCCGCCACGCCCGCGGCACCGAGCCGACCCGAAACCAACGGACAACCCCCGGGAGCCCGAGGAGACGCCAGCCGACGCGAGAGCGAACCGAGGCAGACGCCGACGCCAACCGACGAAGACCCCCGCGUGGCAGCGGGUCCCAACGUCCGACGACGCGCCGGACGCGGCCGACCGCCGGUUCCCCCAAAUAAGAAGUCCGCCCCCGAGAGCGAGGCCAACCCCGCGGUUCACGGACCCUCGAGAGCCCCGCGGAGGGGGAAGGGGGGGUAGGACGGCUCCCGCGAUCUCCACCGGCCGUGGGAACGCUGCCGUGGAAGGGGGGGACGAGGCGGCAACCGCAGACGCCCGAGAGCACGCGGCACGCACCACACGCGACACGACCUCGCCGCGAGAGUGGCCGGGACGUGGACGCGCGUGGGAGGGACGCACACGCGACGGAGGGCACGGGGGAAACGGAGGCGGGUGGGACCGGGAGCCCACCGCCGCCCUUCCAAACCCACCCGUCCCGCGACGACCCCUCGCGGUGAGGGGGGUACCGCGCACGCGGGCGUGUGCACGGCCCUUCCCCGCCACCUGCCACCAGAAACCCAAUCUCCCCCACAAGCUCCGCACAGCGGCAGGUCGACAGAGCCCCGUCCCGCGUGAUCCCUCCUCGUACUCGGAGCGGGGAGGCGCGGGUCGCGGUAGGCGAGAGAGCAAACGCUGCGCGCAGAAGGCUGAGGUCAGGGCGGGCAGCCGAGGGGACCAUCCGGGAGAAGCCCCUCGGAGAUCGUAA